AUGCGCAGUCCCGAUUUUUCGGCAAACUUCAAGAGGCGAAAACCGAUCGAACUUCACAGGCCAACUUAUUCGAAUUUAACGACGUUCUCUUUCGCAAAUGGUCCUACAGUGUUUAGUCCGCGUAGAAAGAUGAAAUCGGAGAGGCCAAAUUUACCGCAUGGACAAGAUGAGUUAAUAAUUCAAUCUUCAAGUGACCAUGGUUCGGACGCUUCUCCGGAACCAUCCGAUUUUUACCGUGACAUGAGGGCAGCUCUGUUCCAUGCUGGGAAAGCUGUUAUGGCGAUAGUUGGUCUUUCUGGCUCGCAAAAUGUGGAAGAAGAACUCCCGAGCAAUCAAGACCAGAAUCACAUCAAAAGAGAGCACUCGGAGCUGAAGCUCAGUCCAAAUAAAAAAUCGAAAACUAUAGAGGAGCCCAGCACUCUCAUAAACAAUGCGUCUCAUACGCCGUCCAAAUCGAGCGGCUCGAAAAAUUUGGAGGAAAAACUAAAAAAUUCUAUAACUCCUGAAAGAAAUGGUGUCCUUCUCUUUUCUACAAAGAAAGAUCCAAUGCAUUGGGAUUUUGUAGACUCUGGAUCAUCUCCUGUGACGACUCAAAACAUUCCAUAUGGUAGCGCCUUCUUCAGGAAGAGACUGCCUAAAACUGGCGAUUCUUCGUACCGGGGAAAGAUCACGGCAAGGAACUCAACCGAGGAGAUAUCGUAUCUUCGGAUGAUAUACAAUGGACAUUACAAGGCGCCCGAUCUCAUCGAAAGCCAUAAAAACGAACAGCUCUUACUGCGAAAACAGGAGUUCAAACAAUACAAUAGACCAUCAUCAUCACAAUCCUGGUCAAGCGUGACAGAAAAGGUCAAGGAAAUUCUCAACAAAAGUCUUGGAGCUUCUACCAAUGACGAUCUCAUUAUUGUCAAAGAACAGCGGAUAUCUCCAAGAGAAGUGAAAAGCGAACGUUUAGAAAAUCGCCAUUUUAAAUUCGACACAUCAGUGCUGACCUUCAAGGAAGAGUUUGAAAGCUACAGGAAGCUGAAAGAGGAAAGAGAAAAAAUACAAAAGGAAAUUAGAAAGCUCCGUGAGAAGCCUCAGACCUUAGUUCCUGACCUCACGCCUGAAGAUCUGCAGGUGGUGAAAAACACUUUGCGCCGAUCUGACAAUGGAAUUAUAAUGAACAAGAAUAACAUCGAGCUGAAAGUUUACGAUUUCAAAACUUUGGCACCAAGCAGGUGGCUCAAUGACGUAAUAAUCGAAUUUUUCAUGAAGCAUAUCGAGCUCACCACUGCAAGGUCGAUUGCAUUUAAUUCAUACUUUUACACCACACUGUCGCGAAAUGGUUAUCAAGGUGUUAGAAGAUGGAUGAAAAAGAAGAAAGCAGAUGUGAAUAACUUGGACAAAAUCUUUGCACCAAUCAAUCUUAACCAAUCGCAUUGGGCGCUUGGAGUCAUCGACAUCAAAAAUCGGAAGAUAUCUUACGUGGACUCUCUUUCGAGCGGACCAAACAAUAUGAGUUUCGCAAUUUUGAAAGAUCUCCAAAACUACUUAUGUCAGGAAAGCAAAGAUACACUGGGUGGUGAUUUUGAACUUAUUCAUGAAGAUUGUCCGCAGCAACCUAAUGGAUUCGAUUGUGGUGUCUAUGUAUGUACCAAUGCCUUGUACCUGAGUAAAGAGGUACCAUUGGCAUUUGAUUACCAGGACGCGCAAAGAAUGAGACCAUACAUUGGACAUUUGAUUCUCUCUGGUGACUAA